AUGAUUGCAGUGAGCAGACUCAAAGGGCUGAGGCAUCGGAAGAAAAUCGGUACAGCAUUGAUAUUCGCUACUGGGUUCUUGGCCAUUAUAGCUUCGAUCUUGAGUAUUGUUUAUAGGGUGAUCCUCAACAGAACUGUUGAUUAUACAUGGUAUCUUGUUCCUUUGUAUACAGUUAUGACCGCAGAACUGUAUAUCGGUGUCAUUAUUGCAUGUACACCACACAUUGCAAAGUUUAUUCGAAGGUACGAGAAGGCUUUCUCAGAGGCUGGUUCAGUAAUCGCAUUUUACUUGUGUUGCAAACCACUCUCGAGAAAAGGAACAGAGUCGAAGGAAUCUAGAAAGAGUAGUGAGAUAUCUGACACAAUCGAAUCGGCGAGACCGAUGAAGUCUGCGAAAUUAUAUCCGGGUCUCGAUGUUACAACUGUGGGUGGAACCUUUGGGGGAACUGUGGGGGGAACCGAGAUUGAUAGCACGGAUGAAGAGAUUGACAGGGAGCAUUUCGCAGCAGAGCAACACCUAGCGGCGCAAUACCCAGCAGAGGUUCAUUGGGCGGAGCGCCAGAAAGAAAUGCAGGAAAGAUUUUCAAGAGCAAUUGGAAGGGUUAACUAUGAUACUACGGGUCAAUUGCUAUCACCAAGCGAAGAAUCUCGCUACACUUUUGGCUGGACAGACCUUGCGAAGAAGUACAGCCGACCUGUAGGAAAGUUUGCAUCUCUCGACCACCGAGUUCUAGGCGACGGCGGGAAGAGCGGAUUGACACCUAGAGUGCCGGCUUCGAAAUCUGAUGACGGUAAAGGGAAAGAGAAAAGAUUCAACGGCUUCACGACCUUUGAUCUUCAUUCUAUGCAAGCUUUGGCAGCCUUAGACACAAACAUAUACAUCCAUGGCCUCGAGAACCCCAUUCAUCCUUGUUUUGAGAGAAGUAAAUGGGUAGUAGAAAAUGACAUGCCGAAACACAAGGGGGCUAUACCGAUUCUUGGACGAGAGGAAGGAUUUUGGAUGGCGGAUAAUCCUGUUGUCUGGAACCUAUUGAAACCUUGCUUACAGCUAGCAACGCUGAUGUUGCACAAUGAAUGCAAAUAUUCGUGGCUAGACGCACUUUUGAACGUCAACUAUGACGAUGUACCUAAUAGUCCCGAAGGAAUGAAACUACAACGAUUCUUCUCAAGAACGCAUGAGGAAAGGACAAAACAGUUGCCGCAAACCCUUGAAAAGCUAAUUCAAGAUCUAACCAAUGUAGUUAUAUUCGGGUUUAACAGCGGAUAUGAGGAUGUUGAAACUGGUCUACCUAGUCUUCGCACAAGUCGCAAUGCAAUAACAGGAGAUCAUUCCAUGUAUGAUAGGAUUAAGGUAUUAAUUUCCACAGAGAUGGCGCAACCUCUACUAAGAGAUGACUUGACGGAUGCUGAGAAAAUGGGGAAUCGGUUGAGGAUUGCUACUACAUUCGUCCAUGAGUUUGCGAUCUGGGGAGGUCAGCCUACGCCACUCAUCACUCAAAUAUAUAAUCGUGGUGGUCCCGGUCUUCCUAAUCUCGGAAUCAUCAAGACCAGCUGGUUCACUGAUAAAAACAAAGACUACCAAACAUCGAGAAAAGCCCCGCCGCUGAUUCGGAAACCAAAAAGAGGUCAGGUUGAUCGCUUCUACAUAUACGAUUAUUGGCCCGUACCAACAUCGUGGUAUGGAACUCUUCUCACUGAAGCGUUCUGGGGAAAUGUUAGGGAAUUUGGCCCUGAGGCAAAGAAGAUGAGAAUAGAGAAGUUAGGAGUAAGGUUCCUCUCAACGGAGCAUCCUGACGCAAAAGCUCAGAUAGAUGAUGGUGGUAUUAACAUUGGGGGUGGAUGGUCAUAUGGAGCACCUCAAACAAGGAGCCAAACUGAAAGAUUCAGGACUAAGAGCAAAAUAUCAACGAUACUCUCUAAACAACUUGAUGGUGUCAAAGCAAGAGAGGAUCACGAUCCACUAGACCAGUGGAAUGUGAGACCGCCAAUAGUCACGUAUUCAUGUCCUAGGUGGAGCGACAUCGCCGAAUACUUAUUCAAUAACCGUGGACCAUUGGACUUGGGAUGGGAACCAUUUCCCGGAUUCGGGGUAGUAAAACGUAUUGCAACAGGUUGGCCGCCUCUAAAUCCUGGGUCCGAUUCUAUAUCUUGGCCGUCGCCUAUCGGCGAGCCAGACGAAGAAGAUAUAGAUACCUUAGAUAAUCUGAUGUCGGAUCAAGCAGUCCAAGAAGCGCUAAAGUGGCUGGUGCAUCGAUUUGAAGCACAGGAAUUCAACGGCGAGGAUGCGGUGGAGGACUUUCGAGAUAUAAUUUGGGAGACUGUGCGGCGAGAUGGUGCAUAUUUCACACUUGGUCCAAAGAACAUUGUACGUUGUAUUUAUCCCAUAAUGGAUAUUAGAGACGAGAAAGCAAAUGCUUUUACGAAAGAGAGGAUGAAAAUGUUGGAAGAGAGAGCAGAGAGUGCUACAUCCAAGGUUUGA